AUGGAGAAUUUACUUGCUGGUAUAGAGGGUAUGGGUAUAUUUCUUGAUGAUAUUUUGGUUACGGGCCCCAUAAAAGCAAUACAUAUGGAACGUCUAGAGCAAGUAUUAAGUAGGUUACAGGAUGCAGGUUUACGGUUAAAAUCAGAGAAAUGUGAACUAUUUAAAGACUCUGUUGAAUAUUUAGGUUUUAUUAUCGAUAAAACGGGUCUCCGAAAAUCAAAACAGAAAGUAGAUGCUAUAUUAAAAUGCUGUAGACCUAAAAAUGUAAGCGAGUUAAAGUCAGUUCUAGGCAUGAUUAAUUAUUAUAGAUGUUUUGUGCCGAAUACAUCUGCAUUACUUAGGCCUUUGCAUUCCUUACUUAAAAAGGGGGAAAAAUGGAACUGGAGUAAGGAGCAUGACAAGGCGUUCGAAUUGAUAAAAAAAGAACUAGCGUCUGACCGAGUGCUGGCUCACUACAACGCGUCGCUGCCGACUAUAGUGGAGGUGGGCAAAGUGUAUCAUUUUUGGGAUUGA